CGAAAACCCAAUCGAUUGAUAUGGAUCGGAGCGGAUUAAAAUCAAAAUUAUUGUUUAUAAGACGAAUUUCUUCUGACCAAACCACUUGUCCAAUAUGUCAAACUGAAUCUCAAAGGCAUGAUAAUAUAACUCAAGUGCUAAAACAUGUUGAUAGUAAACGUGAACAUAAUGUCAGCAAGAUGUUAAAAUCAACAAAGUUAACACAGCAAAAUUCGAGAACUACAACGCCCAAUCCUUCUCAAUCCACAAUUUCUUUUACUCAAAAUGCAUCGACGCUUACUCGCGAAAUGUUCUGCCCAUGCGCAUGCGGAUUGCUUGUGAAAGACGAAACCAAAAGCGAAGUCUCCAUGAUAUCAUUGCCUAUAGAGAAAGAAAAGCAUACCAAAAGUAAACUCGAAGAACUAAGUUUCUAUUUGAAUUCAAAUCAGACGAUGCAUAAGAAGAUACAUGACGACGAUAUCCAAGAUUUGAAAAAAGAAAAUAUUGAACGCUGGAGGGAAGAAGUCAUACAACUACAGUUGCAAGCGCAAGUUAAGGAAUUGCAAAAAAAUAUUCAAUUUUUCAAACAAGAGAAUGAAUAUAUUCGAUAUCUUAUAGAAAAAUGUCGCUGUUCGUUGAAAACAAAAUUUUGGCAAGAAUUACUAACAAUCACUACAUAUUCUGAACUCACUUCAGCGAUUAAACGCUUACAAACAAAAUAUUACAAUAAAAAUGGAAUAAUGACUACAUUAAUUAAAAUAUUUCGAGGUUCAAUAAACAUUCAGCAAAUUGCAGGGAAAUUUUUAACACCAUUCAUAAAUCAUUGGCAUCAGAAUUCAAGCAGCAUAGUAACAACUCGUUUGCCAUCUGCUUUAAGAGAUGAAAAUUCUUUUUGAAUCGCCCCGAAUUCCAACAUUCAAUAUUUGUUAGAUCACUUUUAGGUAUUAAAAUAAAUCGCAAACAAUAUAUUAUUAACGCACACACAUCAGACGAAUACAAUACACAAUUUAUUUUGCAACGC